GAUGAGUCUUUGUCACCUGAGUCGCGGACUCUUGGUGGGUCUUUUAGUGGAUAUGAUUCUCCUAUCGAGUCUUCGCCGCGUAGUUCUUGUAAAGGAGUGUGAACCGGAAACUAUGGAGAACUAAUGGACUGGUUGAUAUCUCUUUGAAGGAUGGUCUGUUCUCUGGAGACACCACUGUGUCUGAUUCACCUCUUGUCCCUUGUGAGAAUGGAAGUGAUGAGUUUGAAGGUUUUGUAAUGGGAAGUUUGAGGAACAGGAAGAUGCAGAACUCAACUCCUACUAGUCCACAGAGACAGUGUUGUUCAAGAAACAUGAAUGCUGAAGAUUUCAACAUCUAUAGCACACCAAGGAAGCUAAUCAGUUCUCUUCAGUAUCCUGAUGAUGUGGACUUGUAUCAUUCUGACAUUCAGAGUCCAGUGCUAUCUCGCGAGAAGACUAAAGUCAAAAUACAAUCGCCAACCAAGGCUGCUGAAACAAUCUCAUCAUCAUCCCCUGUCAAGUAUAGUGAAGAAACAACACCUCGAUCACAGAUGAUAAUGAGUAAGAAGAAGAAGAAGAAGAAGAAGAAGAAGAGCAUGAGCUAUAGCAAACUCAUGUUUGCUAUAUCCUUUUUUGUGGUGGUGCUGUUUACAAGUGUGAUGAUGUUCAAUCAAGAUGAUGAUGUUGGUUACCACACUGUUCCCACAUGAUGAUUCCACCUCUCUUUGGUGGUAAGUUUAAAUCCUAGUGUAACGGGGAGACAAGGUUAUUUAGUUAUCCAAUUCACAUGUUGGUUAUUUGUAAUGUACUUUUAGUACAAGUUGUAAAAUCUUCUUCUACUCUUUGUUGGCAUUUUGUUUUUAAUGCAAAUCUACAUUGAAACAAA